AUGUUAUUAAGUAAAAUAUUCAUCCAAUCCAUUCCAAUUUUAGCUACACUGCUUUAUGCAUUUCCAGCUCCAGUUGAACAAAAAACUAAACCUGUUCUACCCAAUGUUAACAUGCCAUAUAAGGAAAUAAACGAAGAAAGGGUAGCAUAUGACCUAGACAGGGUUUAUGAACCAAAUCCACCUCCAUCGAGUUAUGUUGAAUUUACAAUUGAGUAUUUAGAUAAGGUUACUGGUGAAAAGAAGGAACAUGAAAUUGGUAUGGAAUUGUAUGGUACCAUCGUACCAAAGACUGUCGCAAAUUUCCUGAUGUUUGCAGCUGGAAUGAAAAUAAUUAUUAAUAAAAAUACAAGAUUUUUAGCUGUUGCCCGUUAUAAACAUACCAAGUUUGAUGAAAUUAUUCCAAAUCAAAGAAUUUCAGGAGGUCAUGUAUUAAAAGACUUAGGUAGUUUAUCAAUUUAUGGGGGAGCUUUUAAGGAUGAAAAUUUUGAAUUAAAACAUGACAGACCAGGUAGACUUUCAAUGAGGAAUACUGGUCCAAACACUAAUAAAGCUGCCUUUUUCAUUACUACUGGCCAAGAACCACAAAUAGAAUAUGAUGAUAAGUACGUAGCUUUUGGUCAAGUGACUCGUGGCUUAGACUUUAUAUUAAAUGAAUUCCAAUAUUUGGACACUGAUUCAAAUAAUACUCCUUUAGAAGAAGUAGAUAUUAAAUACACUUUGAACAAUAUCCCAGUCAAUGGUUACUUACAAGAUGAACAUAAACUAUAUUUAGAAAAGUUAGAAAAAUUUAGAAAUGGGGAUCUUUCACAAGGUAUAACAUUAAAAAAUAUGAUGGAGAAACAUUUCCCAGUAGAAUCAUCUGUCAAAAAAUCAAGUUCGGAGAAUUAUUUUGCAGAUGAAGAGAAAUCAAAUUUUUUCAGUGAUGUUGGUGAAGAUUUUAGUAAAAAUUUUACCUACCUUUUCUUUUGGGUUCUUGUUAUUGCAUCGUUGGCAACAUCUGCAUCAAAAUAUAAAACUAUCAUCUUAACUGGAGCCACAAAAAGCAAUACAAUUAAAGGUUACUAA